GAAACCAGUAGAACAUGUCAAAACCUUACCUCCAAAUUGCAUCUAUAAAUUCAUUUGCUUCUUUGAGCUUAAUUUAUCCAUUUAUAUCAAGUAAUCAAUCAAUUCUACACGAACUACACUUUAUCAACAAAGACAAUGGCACAGAGAAAAUUCUUGAUGGGAAUACCUAUUCUUCUUCUUCUUCUUCUCGCAAUAUCGUCAACAACAUUUAUUUUCCUCGUAAAAGCUCAAAAUCUUUCUGAACCAGUUUUGGACGAUUCUGGUAAAGCUGUCGAAAAAGGAUCGAACUAUUACAUUAUACCAGUGGGUGGUAGGAGCAACGAAGGUGGACUUGAUGUGUCAUCCAUUAGGAACACAACCAAUCCUCUUGUUGUUAGCCAAAAUGCUCAAUCUUCUAGUGGUGGUAGCCUUCGAUUUACACCAGUGAACCCAAAAGAAAACACCGUAAGAUUAUCGACGGAUCUGAACGUAAAAUUUAUGUCUAUUAUAAUUACUGAUUCGUCUACUAUAUGGACAAUUAACAAUGAGUUAAUUCCACAACGUUAUGUGGUGACGGUUGGUGGAGUUGAAGGCAAUCCUGGACGUGACACUUUGGGCAACUGGUUCAAGAUUGACACGUACGAGGAUGCAUACAAGUUUGUGUAUUGUCCUGAAGUUUGUGAGACAUGUAGACCAUUUUGUGGAGACAUUGGAAUACUUGUUGAACCUAACAACAAAAGGGUUUUGUUUGUUGGUUCUGAUAAACCAUUGAAAGUUAAGUUUCAAUAUACCACGGCGAAUGUUACCGUAACUAAUGCUCCUCCAAGUCCAAGUGCCAGCAAUCCAGUCAAACUGCCAACAUUGUCCUUUAUUAAUGUUGUAAUGUGCAUUGUUAUUGGUUACCUGAUAAAUAUGAUGUAACAUAAACGAUUGUAAUCAUACCUUGGAAUGAAUAGUAUUCUUUUAUAUUUAA